AGGGUCAUACGUAGUGCAGUUAGACAUACUAAUUUCCAAACAAUGGCCAAUCGCCAAUCCAGUGAUAUCGUUAAGUUUAAGGAAUCAUUAAAAGCGGCAAAAGAAAUAGUCAUAUUGUCAGGCGCUGGGAUAAGUGCUGAAUCAGGAAUACCGACGUUCAGAGGAGCAGGUGGAUAUUGGAGAAAAUAUCAGGCAUCUUCUUUGGCAACGCCAGAGGCAUUCCGUAGCAGUCCUAGUCUGGUUUGGGAAUUUUAUCACUAUAGGCGAGAAGUAGCAGCACAAGCACAACCAAACACAGGACACAUAGCUAUAGCAAAAUUUGAAACGAAAUAUGGUGUUGAAAAAAAAGUAACAGUAAUAACUCAAAAGGUUGAUAGCCUCCAUACAAGAGCUGGUACAAACAAUCUAAUUGAGCUUCAUGGUAACUUAUUCAAGACCCGUUGCACCAAAUGCAAAGAAGUAUUAGACAACACAGACAUUCCUAUUUGUGAGGCUUUAGCUAAUCGGGGAGCACCAGAUGCUAAUAUUGUUGGAUCAGAUAUCCCAAUUAAAUCUCUACCACACUGUAAAAAAGAAAAUUGCAAUGGUCUCUUAAGACCACAUAUUAUCUGGUUUGGUGAAAGUUUAGAACCUGCUGUUUUGGAAAAAGCAGGUAAAAAAUAAAGGUAGAAAAAUACUUUCAGUACUUAUGCAAACAAUACUUUUAACCA